UGGACAGCGUUCUUGUCGCCACGUGACGACAGAAUCUUGGUGGAAGCUCGUCUUGGCCAGUAGCUAUUACAAAAGAUUUAAAUAGUCGCGCGCGCGACGGAGAAAGAAGGAGAGGGCUAACGGGCUUCAACAGCCAUCCGCGAACUAGUUUUAUCCGGAGGCUCAAAACGACAGGGAUGUCUGCCUCUUUUCACCGAGACUUUCCAUUUUUUCUCUGACGUCAGAUCAGAUACGUCCAUUUUUCACAUCAAUAUCGCGUGUCGUUUUAUUCGAAAGUUCAAUUUCCAGAGGAUAGUUUGGCGAAUGGAUCGAAUUUUAGCCAAGAUUUUGUGUAUCGAAGCUUACGUGCGCUGUUAUCAAGUUACAGAGACAUUUUGGCGAGAGUUAAAAACACUUGGACGAGGAUUCAAGGAAUUUUUGUUAAUCGUUCAUGAAAGUUGCACGAUUGUUUCCACGAUGUAAUUGAAAAUUGAAAAUCGAUCAGAGAGAUUAGUUAGCGGUGAAGAUUGUAUCGAUAGAACGUUGCUUUAAUCGUGCUGAUAUAGUUUGCCAGUAGAAAGAAAUGAAGAAAUACUUCAACGAAAAAGAAAAAUUAAACAGUGACUCACAGUUAAUUAUUGAAAGACGCGAAUUGACUGCCAGUGAAAAUUUCGUCGUGAUGUGUUAAUGCAUUGAGACGAUGCUUUUGUGAAGUUUAAGAUGAAUCGGAGAAAUAUUUUUGUGAGACGGUGAUAGUGGUGAUUAUACUUAAUCUUUGUGAACGUUAUAUUUCCUCUGUAUAUACUCUGUUUUUCGUCUUCUUGCGAGAUAUUCAUAUCUCUGUUGCAUUUAUUUUUUAACAUAAAAUUCAUUUACUAUACAGUAUAUUAUAUGGAAUUUUUUGAUCGAUAGUCGAUAGAAAAUUGAUCGUGUCUUUGCUUAGAGUGACUCGCUGAUUUUGAAGAUAUUUUCUCCUUUUUUAUUUUUAUUUUCUUUUGAAAUUUGCUUAGUACACACAGAACGCAAUGGAGAUGAAAAUAGUAAUAGAUGAUAUACACGGCUAUUUUUGGGAAAUUUGUAUAUAAUCUGUAUUCUGUUUGAAAGUAAAGCUGCCUCGAACGAUGCUUAAUAUCAUUCAAACAAGAUUCAUGUGUUUUUCGAAACAUUUACACUACCGGAUGCAAGAUUUUACUUCUGCUAAAAUAAUCUCGUGUAACAGCGUGUAAACACGUGAUGUGAUCUAAUGUGAUCCGAGAAAUGAUGUUUGGAAAGAUACAUAUACUGAUUGACGGAAAUAUUUCAAAUCUUUCUCAGAAUUAUAUAAGUUAAAAAGUUGUUGGUAAAUUUUCCAAACCUCUUUCAUAAAUAAUAAUACGGGAAAUGGUUCGUCUCUGUCGAAAGAACGAAGUUACAAGCUUUUAAACGUAUAAAUAUUUGACAUCCAUAUUAAUAGAUUUUCUUCUGUUAUUCAAUUUUUAUGCCAUUUAUUUUUUCGUCGUUCAUUGAAUAUUAUCGUCGUUUUGCUAAAAGUUCGAAGUUUCUUACGUUAAUUAGUAGUAGGACUUGGCACAGCUUCUCAGAAAUUUUCUAUCCGAGGAAAUCAUAGCUCGAAUAUUCUAAGGAUUAAGCGGUCGAAGAAGGCAAACAACAACGAUAAAUAAAAAGAUUGGAUAGCUAUUAAAAGCAAUAAACACAAAAGAAAAUUAAUUCCAUCGAAGAAGGAGGAUAACAAAAUUCGAAGCAAAGAUACAAUAACUAUUAAAAGUAAUACGGAAAAUACUGUACGUAAGAGAAAGAAGAGCAACAAGUCAAAGCAAUAUAUUACGAUAAUUACUAGAAACAACGGGGAAAAUAAAUCAAAACUAUCGGAGAAACGGAACAAUAACAAAAGUGAAGCCAAAAAUAGGAUAACUAUUAAGACUAAUAAAGAAGAUUAAACUACGAGAAUAAGAAGGAAGGAGGAGAUCUUAUGGAUCAUCAGCCGCAACAAAAAUUCAAUUUCCAUGUAACUCUAUCAUUGCUCCGUAACUCCGUAAGAAAAGAUGCAGACAAUCAUCCGGAGGAAAUAAAGAAAGGAAAAAAGAGCAGGAAAAAGUGAAAAGAAGAGGAGGUGUAACAUCAAAGAACACGAUCGAGGGAUUUAGAACAAGGACGACGAGCGUCAGAAGAUAGCUCUGUUUCGACGUCGUGUACGAGAUGAAUGGGUUGCACGUUGAUCGAGAUCCAUCAGAGCGAACUUGCCAACUUCUUCGCGACGAGGAAAACUGACUUCGCGCGUUCUCCUCCCGAAAUCAAUGGUCGUGACGACGUCGUUCUUCUGGUUGUUUCGCACGGCUCGUCGAAGGGAGUUUAUUUGUUGACGAAACGUUGCCUCGAUUAUUUAAUGACUCUUCGAGAGGAUAAUUUGGAGGCGUUGGAAUCGACGUAUCUGUCGAGCGUAAAUCAACGCUCGUAAAUCGCUAUAAUUCGCCUGGUGGCCCUGGCGAACCGUUCGAACGAACGAGAAAUUUGGAAUGGAGAGAUGGGCAAAGAGACACAAUGCACCGAAGAGAAAGGGGAAGAAACAAAGGCGAAGAAAAAGGGAGUCAGAACGACAUCAAGAAGCUGCGCAGAGAGAACGAGCAGCUGCGUAGGGAGAUAUGGAGCCUCAGGGACGAGUACGACAAGCUCGAGGAGAUCCUGAAGAGGCAAAAGUGCCACCUAGAAAGCGAAGAAUACGAGGAUCGCUCCGAUGAGGAUGGCGAUCUGCAAUCUGAUUACUCCUUCGAGGAGGACGAAGAGCUCAGCGAGGAGGGCGAAGAUACCACCAAAGAACCCGACAAAUCUGAGCAAUUAGACAACGCGGAAAAUCAGAAGAUUUCCACGGAGAAAAUGACUAGUAACGGCCUUCAUAGGCUACACGUAGACUUCGACGACUUAUCAGUGGUCGACGAAGAGGAAGAGCCGAAACGAGACAAGGAUAAAAAGGAAGUUUCUUCGGAAGAUGUUCUGCAAUCCAAAGAACAGAAAAGUCCACUUUCUAUCCUAAAGUCGAGGCAACUUCACGACAACAUCCCCUUCUGUCCUGGCACCUAUCAAUCAUCGACUUGCUUAGGUAGCUCUACUUACUAUAACGAGUAUCCUUUCAAGUUCCCAAGCACGCUAAACCUAAUGCUUCCUGCUGAUGCAUCAACGAUGCUAACUUCUCCGUGUCCAAGAAUAAAUACAGACCGAAUAGGCCCAAUAUCAAGUUUAGCAGGUCCGGCUAUAAAUGAAAUCAACGAUCAAAUAAUACACGCUCCUCCUGUAGGCUGGCAAAGUAACGUUAUAAUGCCUCAGACACAGGUGACCACGUAUGGAGCAACUGAUACUGACGGAACACCAAGUAUCCAGAGCUUUGCUACAAUUCACCAGGAUCAAUUAAAGCAACAAUUCGCAUCGACCAUCGGUGGUUUUCCAAAUUUUCCAAGCUUUGUGCAAAGAAGAGGCGUUGGCCUAAAACUGUCAAAUAAUCCACUCAACUCGACAUUCUUUGGAAAUAGUCGUCAGAAUUCGGAGAAGAUGAUUGAAAAUGGUUGGAGUACGAAUGCAAAUUUGCCAAAUAUGAAGGGAUCAACGGAUUUGAGUGUUAGUGAUGCAACGAAGAUAGAGACAGAAGAGAGUCCUGGGUUAUCAGGAGCUGAGAAACCGAAGCAUUUUUUUGCCCCACUGCCUUCGAAAUUAAAGAAACAGACUGAAGAAUCCUCGCCGACUGUCAGUCACUUUGGAACCGGGAAUAGUUCUAGUAGUGGCAAGACUGGAUCCACUGUAAUCUCAAAAAGUCAGUUCACAUCUCAAAAGGGAUCAGUUGAUCUGUACGUUGAUGGAGCAAUUCCAUACGAGGGCAAUCUGUUGAAUGAUAAAAGUGAACAGAGGACGUUCCUAAGUACAGACAACUUACUAAUCGCUGAAGUCAAAUCAGGUACGGCCAAUCAAUUGACAAAGUCGAUGUCGUGGCAGGAUUUACCUAGUAAGUCUCAAACCGCUUCGGUCAAUCAAUCUAACAGUAAGCAGCAAAUAUUGACCCGAAGUGACAACACUUUGGACAAUAUAUCAGACUCGAAGCCAUACAAAUCGUACCUGAACGUCACUCUGAAGGCGCCUCGCGUGGAACAGGCAGUGAGCCCCGACAUCCCAGAAAUCCCCAAGUUACCCACCAUAGACUAUCGACUCUUCAAGAACCCCUUUCUACGAAGUUUCGAGCCGUCUACCAGCUACAUGAACCAGAACAAUGUCACCAGACCGCUGUCCGUCCAAGUGAACGAUGACAACCUGUGCUGCUACCCAUCACAAUCUGAAGUGCCUACCUUUAACAGAGUUCCUUUUUCAGAAAGGUACAGACCGGUUCAGUCUGACAAGAACCGUCUCUUAAUCCCAUCUAACCAACUAAUGAAUGGAAAACUGAUGUCUCCAACGAGCAAGCCUCAGAUUCAGGUAACGUCUUUUGAGAGACCGAGUCCGCAUACUCUAGUAGGUCCACCUACUCCUUACGAAUUCAACACUAUGCGUAGGUUAAAUACCAAUCCCUAUUUACAUACACAGAAUUUGUAUCAGAACGUGCCAUUUUUGCCAAGAGGAGGCUUGUAUCCACAAAGAGGGAUGAUGUACUACGACAACCUAACAUUGAAGGUGCCAGCUCAGACGCAGACCUCCAUAGAUGGAGAUUCUCAUCAAGAAGACGAACACGUGUUUUCUCACGAAGAAAGUGUACCGAGUACACCAAGUGGACGUAGGAAGAGAAUGAGCAAAAAAGAGAAGUGUAGUGCCAAUAAGGAGCAAAAACCUGCGUCACCUACUGUUCAAAGGAAGUAUAAGAAGCAGAGUAGCGUCACGUCGUCGGAAGUGCCAGAGUCUCCUGGAAAAUCGACACGAAAGAAGCCUACGAGACUUAGUAUUACUACGACUACAUCAGAGGGUCAGGAGGAUAAAAACGAGAGCAGAUCGUCUUCGUCUGGUCAAGAUUCGCCCAAGAAGGAACAGAUGAGAAGGGUGUCUCUCUACUUCAACGCUAAGAAGAGGCCUUCGUUGACUUCAAUGAGGACAGUUAGAAGUGGCAGCUUGGAUAUUGGUCGAGAAAAGGAGGCGAUGGUGCUGAAUUCAGAGAGGGAGAGGACUAAUUCUGUUAGUAGCAGAGAGAUUGGCAGCGUGAAGGCAAGGAAAGCAAGUACCAGCAGUGGAAACGUGCCUUGGUGCGCUUGCUGGGGCAACGGGUGUGUUUAGGGAGUCCGUAAUUGGUUUUAUUGGUGGCUCUGGCUGGAUCUAAUUAAACGUUCGAGUUUUGUUUAUGUUGUGGCUUGGCUUAUCAGCGUGUGGCCCUCGGGUUUCAUUUUAAUCAGCCUGGCCUGAUGUGGAUGGAAUGUCUUGGGGGGUUGAUAUCUUUGAGGAAUGUGAGAGUGUUUAAUUUAUUCGGUCUGUAUUGUGAGCCAGCGAAUCUAUAGUUCGACCAAGCGAGAGUGAUACUAAUUGUAAGAGGAAUUUAGAAUAAAUAGUCCAAACCAUCAGACUACGUUUCUAAUUGUACGGUGUACUUUAAUUCGAUACAUCUACAGUAUCGUUUUAUCAAAGAAAACUUUUACCGCUCAUUGUUUAUGUAAAGAAUCAUAUAUUUAAUCGAAUUUCUACUUGUCAUUCAAUACACUAGCAGAGUAACUGAUUAGUUCCAUUGUUUCAGACUUAUGUAAAUUAUUGGUUCUAAAAUGAAACACCCUCGAAAUAGAACUGUUACAGUAUCUCCUCUGAUAAUUCAAUUUGAUUAAAUAAUUAAAUAAGAACACCUUUGAACUUCCUCAAAUGCUUCUGUGUUACCAGCAACUUUAAUAGCACAUUUUCCAAAUGUAGACCUCAUACGAAAUUGUAAUAUUUUUAUUAUAAAUCAUUUCAGUAUUUCACACAUCUAUGUAUCACACAUAUAUGAGUUUUAUAGCAAAUUUCUUCAUCUUCGAUGUAUUUAGUAAUUGGCGAUAGAACGAAAUUAAAUGGAUAGUUUUUCCCACUAAAAUUUAAAGUUGAAAAAGAAGAGCGGUAUUUUAUAUGCACCGAUGUAAUAAUAAUUCUCUACUCUUAAGUUGGGUGGAUUCUUGGGUAGCCAAGGAAAAUAUCGAACAGAGAGCUAGCAUGCUCCAGGAGGAGUCGUAUCGACCUUCACUUCAGCGUAACUAUACUAUAGGGCAACCGCUGUAGCCAAUGGGGGAGGUCGUAAAACUAGCGCCGGCAGAACCAGGACACCAUAAAACCCGUUACCGUUCAGGUGACAGUUGCAACCGUGGUGUUCUUGUCAGGAAUACGGAAGCACAGUCUCUGCCCUCUCACGAUGCUUAAGGCGCAAGUGGAUCGAAUCAGGGGAUUAAUAUUUAACGAGGAACCAGACGCGGAGAAGCCAGACCACGUCAAUGAUCGCCUCGAUAAAAGUUCCGUGAACUGUGCCAGUAAAAAGUCCUGGUAUUAUCCAAUUUUAUAUCGAUUACUCUUAAUACCGAUUCUAAGAAUAAUGGAAUGAAAGGAUGGAAUAAAAGUUCGAUUUUCUAUUCGUUCGACUAACCAGUUUGAAUUUAACCCUGCUGCGAUCUUCUUUUAUUUUCUUUAUAUUUUAAUCUCAUUUUUAUUUUAAUCGGAUAAAGAGCUUACUAGUAGGAUUUAAGAAAAUUUGAGAAAGAAAAAACUGAAGAAAUUUCCUAACGGUAGAAAAAUACGACUGGGAGAAAAAUGAUUCAUAGAACGCGGUAAAAAGCUUAAGCUUCGACGUCAGUUACUACGUUAAGAAAUAAUACGUCUGCGCAUUUAAUUUAAGCUUAAGGGGCGAUAUUCAUUAAAAAAGUUCGAAAGUAUAAAUUGUUGUAAAGUGAAACGAAGUCUGUUUGAUCUUUCAAAUCUUGCGUGAUUUCAGAUUGAUGUAUGUAAGUCAGACAGAUUGGUUUUUAUUUAUAAUGUAAUCUCUAAGAGAUGUAAAUAUAAUUUUAAAGUAAAGUUUAGAUCGUUUAGAAGGAAUAUUUAUGUUUGACAAUCGUAUAAAGUUUAUUAAAAAAUAAUAAGAUAAAAUGCAUUUUUCGAUGCGGGGUUUCGAAGUGCUGUUGUUUAACAGAAGCCGAAGAAACACCAAUUUUUUUUUUCAAUAGAUAAAUAAAAUCGUAGGAAAUUUAGCAAUAUUAUUAUAAUAUAGAGUAAUUGCAAUUUUUGAAAAUUUCUUUUACAAAUAUAUUCUCUUUGUACAUAAAAGGUAAUAAUUUCUUAAAAUAUCCUACGAAAAGAUGUAAAAAAUCAUUCGAUGUACAACAGCUAUGUAAAAUCUCAGCCAAAUUAGCUGGACCAUAUUUUCUAAUAUUUCUAAUACUGUGCCUAGAAAAAUCCAAUCAACGAUUCCAACUAAACUUCGUAUACGUGUAAUUGGCUAGAGUUGAGAGUAAAAUGCGAUAUCUUCGUUACUCUAACAAUCUCUAAUGUGAAGUUUCAUACAAAUAUCCCAGAAAGAUUGUACUUUUCAAUAAAAUUAAUUUCGAUAUGCUCA